UUAUCGACUACCGGCUCUCAACUCUAGAUAUUUUUGGUUGAAUAUAAACAUUGUAACAUUUGUUAUUUAUUUAUUUUUUCUUUUUAUAGAAUUCUACCAAAAAUAUUAAUUAUCGUUUAGAAAUUCAACUGUGAUUGGAUUCAGAAUUAUUUGCAGUGCACUUAUAACUUUUUAGUCUCGCCGCAAAAUGUCUGAACGGAAAGUGUUGAAUAAAUAUUAUCCUCCGGACUUUGAUCCGUCAAAGAUUCCUCGUAUGAAAUUGGCCAAAAACAGGCAGUAUACCGUUCGUUUAAUGGCUCCAUUUAACAUGAGAUGUAAGACAUGUGGAGAAUAUAUCUAUAAGGGGAAAAAGUUCAAUGCUCGAAAAGAGGAUGUUGAGAAUGAAACAUAUUUAGGAAUACGUAUUUACCGUUUUUACAUUAAGUGUACGCGUUGUCUACAGGAAAUUUCCUUUAAAACCGAUCCGAAAAACACUGAUUAUGAAAUUGAAGCAGGCGCUACACGAAAUUUCAUGGCUCUAAAACUGGCCGAAGAACAAGCUCGUAGGCAAAUAGAGGAAGAACGUGAGGAAGAGGCGAAUAAUCCAAUGAAGUUGCUUGAAAACAGGACACAGCAAUCGCGCAAUGAAAUUGAAAUGCUUGAAUCGUUGGAAGAGUUAAGGGACUUAAAUCGACGUCAGCACAACGUGGAUUACGAAUCUAUGCUACAACAAUAUAACAACGUGGAAUCGGAGCAAGAAAGAUUAAUGCGCGAAGAAAAAGAAGAUGACGAAUUUGUGAAGUCUAUAAAUUUUAAAACAAGUAAAAGCGGAAACAAAAUUGUUGCGGAAGAAAUUAUUGAAGAAGUGAAGGAUGAACCAAUUUUACCAACAGAAGCCAAGAAAGCCAAAACUGAUCUACCAACAAUGGCGAAUGCCGUCAAAUUUAAAUCUUUAACAACAAAGUCUGUACCGAUCGUAAAACGUAAAACUCCACUUGUCAUCCUUAAAUCAAACCCCACUGCAGCAACUACUCUCUCAAAGGAAAAUACAAAUAUUCCUCCGUCAAUAACAGAAACUACGGUUAAACAGGCUGCUAAAGUAUCAUCGACGACAACAACAACAACAUCAGAUAGUCAAAAACCCGCUGAAGCUAAGAAUGGCGGACUCUCAUUACUGUCAAAUUAUCUAAGUAGUUCUGAAGAAUCAGAAUGAGUAGUAUAUCAAUUUAUAUAUGCAAACAAGAUUCCGUAAGGGACUUUUUAUACGCAUGAUCAACACUAACUGCAUUUGAAAUACAUAAGGGUCUGCCGCCAUGCACGUCUGCUGUUAUAUGAUAUAUUGUAAAUAAGUAAAUUAAAUGUAUAUGUAAAAUUGAAACUGACAAAGCCAUAGAGGUGGGAACUUCGACGUAAGGAUUUUCACAAGGCAUAGGCAAACAAAUUAAUAAAGUCACUAUAAAGAAAUAUAAAAA